UUUUCCUUGGACUGGGAUCCUACUUUUUACGGAGAUAGUCUAUACAACCCGUUUACUCGUGAAUUGAAAUCUGGCAUAGAGGACUUGUUGGAGAUGGGUGGCAUUGCAAUGACAGAUGAAGAUAUAGAUUCGGGUGUCUUAUAUGGAACUUUGCGUGGCACUGUGGUUGGAUUGCGCUACUAUGCAGGGGUGGUCAAUAAUAAUGAAAUGGUGGCGCUUCAGCGAGAGCCCAACAACCGAUACGACGUGAAUGCUAUAAAAGUGAACAAUGUGAACGGAGAGCAGGUUGGCCACAUUAAAAAAGAACUGGCUGCGUGUCUGGCAUACAUCAUGGACAGCAAAUUAGCACUAAUAGAAGGUGUUGUUCCUUUUGGAGCAAAUAAUGCUUUCACUAUGCCAGUACAGCUGAGUUUUUGGGGGAAACCAGAGAACAAGGAUGUGGUUCUAAAGCAUCUGAAUGUGUAUAACUUUAAGUUGGCUCCUCCAGGAAAAUCCUUAGGCUUGGGUUUUGGACAUAGUGGGACAUCAGGAAGAGCUGGAACAAGUUACAGUGCUCCAGGUCAUGCUGCUGUACAAAUGACCACUGAACAGCUGAAGACUGAGUUUGACAAACUGUUUGAAGAUCUGAAAGAAGAUGAUAAAACAUGUGAAAUGGAAGCAGCAGAGGCUGUUUUAACGUCAUUACUUCCACAUCAGAAGCAGGCUUUAGCGUGGAUGAUUUCACGUGAGAACAAUAAGGAGUUGCCUCCAUUUUGGGAAGAGAGGGAGAACUACUUCUACAAUACGAUUACAAACUUUGCUGAAAAAAAGCGACCUGAAAAUGUUCUUGGAGGAAUAUUGGCAGAUGAUAUGGGACUGGGUAAAACGCUUACCACUAUCGCAGUCAUUCUUACCAAUUUUCAUGGUGGCAAACCUCUUCCUCUUGAAAAGAAAAGUGAUCAGUUGAACGAGAAAUGUGUUUCUACUGUGAAAACUGACUUAAAAGCACCUCGUGCUUCAGAUACAAAGGAAGAAAAUGAUUCUGUUCUGCCUCAGUCAUCCCGUCCAAAAAGAGGUGGAGAAAAGACGCCCACGUAUACAAUCAGUAGUGACUCGGAGCCUGAUGAGAAGAUAACACAAAAAGCAAACACCAAAGCCCAAAAAACCCUGCCAGGAUCAAGUAAAAGGAGAAAAGCAUCCAGUGUUUCAGAUAUGAAGGAAGAAAAUGUUCUGCCUCAGUCAUCCUGUCCCAAAAGAAGCAGAGGUAGAGGCAAGAAAUCCACAUAUACAGACAACGACGACUCAGAGUCUGAAGAGAAGAUAACAAACAAAAAAGCAAAUGCUGAAGCUAAAAAAACACAGCGAGGAGCAAGAAAAAGAAAAGGAGCUUCUUGUGAUGUGGAAGACAAUGCAUUUGCCUCUGCUCUUGGAAAACCAGCUGUUUCUUCAAAGAAGGCAAAGAAAAAAGGUGGCACUGCUGUGCAGUCUAAUAAUACUGAAGCUGAAGAUAAUCUUAGAGCAACACUGAUCGUCUGUCCACUUUCUGUUCUGAGCAACUGGACUGAUCAGCUUGAGCAACAUAUCGAUCCAGCCGUUCAUCUGAACACUUACGUUUACUAUGGUUCAGAGCGCACCAAAGAUCCAGCAAUCCUUUCAAAACAGGACAUUGUGUUAACAACUUACAAUGUUUUAUCUAGUGACUACAGUGCAAAAAGUAAUAGUCCUCUGCACAAAUUUAAGUGGCUGAGAGUGGUGUUGGAUGAAGGGCACACAAUACGAAACCCAAAUGCUCAGCAAACUAAGGCUGUGCUAGAUCUGGAUGCCCAAAGAAGAUGGAUUUUGACAGGCACACCUAUUCAGAAUUCCUUGAAGGACUUGUGGUCUCUUCUUUCCUUUUUAAAGCUGAAACCAUUUACAGACAGAGAGUGGUGGCACCGAACAAUCCAGCGUCCUGUCACUAUGGGCGAUCAAGGCGGGCUUAAGCGUUUACAAUCCCUGAUUAAGAGCAUUACUCUUCGAAGAACAAAAACAAGCAAAGUUAAAGGGAAGCCAGUUUUAAAGCUUCCAGAACGUAAAGUAUUUAUUCAGCAUAUUACUCUUACAGAUGAAGAGAAACAAAUCUAUCAUUCAUUGAAGAAUGAGAGCACAGCUGCUAUUAGCAGGUAUUUUAAUGAGGGAACUGUUUUGACCCACUAUGCAGAUGUUCUGGGUGCACUGCUUAGAUUGAGACAGUUGUGUUGUCAUCCACAUCUCUGUGCAAGUGCGCCUUCCUCCACCUUUGAAGAAGGUAAUGGUACUCCUGAAGAGCUGCGUGCAAAAUUAAUAGAGAAGAUGAAGCUAAUUCUAAGCUCUGGCUCUGAUGAAGAAUGUGCUGUUUGCUUAGACUCUGUCAGUAUUCCUGUGAUAACCCACUGUGCUCAUGUGUACUGUAAGCCAUGCAUUUGUGAAGUCAUCCAAAGGGAGAAGCCAAAUGCUAAAUGCCCUCUUUGCAGAAAAGAGGUUCGAUUAGAGCAACUUGUAGAAUGUCCUUUGGAAGAUUCUGAUGAUACAGAGAAGUCUGAUCAAGAAUGGGUAUCAAGUUCAAAGGUCAAUGCCCUAAUGCAUGCUUUGCUAGCUCAAAGAAAGCAAAAUCCAGCUAUUAAGAGUAUAAUUGUUUCUCAGUUCACGAAAUUCCUCUCUCUAAUAGAGGUUCCACUGAGAAAAUCUGGGUUUGUCUUCACUCGUUUGGAUGGGGCACUGAGACAGAAGAAAAGAGUAGAGGCAAUUCAGCAGUUCCAGAGCACUGAAGCUGGAUCCCCAACUAUAAUGCUGUUAUCUCUAAAAGCGGGUGGUGUUGGCUUGAAUCUCACAGCAGCUUCACGAGUCUUUUUAAUGGAUCCAGCUUGGAACCCUGCUGCAGAGGACCAGUGUUUUGACAGAUGUCAUAGACUUGGGCAGAAGAAGGAAGUUAUCAUCACAAAGUUCAUUGUGAAGCACUCAGUGGAAGAAAACAUGCUGAAAAUUCAGAACAAGAAGAGAGAGCUUGCAGCCGGAGCCUUUGGAGCCAAAAAGCCUUCCUCUAGUGAAACCAAAAUUAAUGAAAUUAAAACUUUGAUGGAUUUAUAAUUUUGUUAUGUUGGGGCCGGGGUUGAGGCUGACAUGAUGCUAAUUGUUAAAUCAGCACACGCACAAGCAUUUCGAAUUGCUCUGUCAUCUUUGGGCAGUAGCUGUAUUGCACAAGAAAGUUAGGGGUAAUGGGUUACAUUUCAUUAGGCUUCUUAAAAGUAGACAUUGAGGUUUUGGGAGAGUGACUAUCAGGGACUUAAAAACAGCAUGACUAAAGAGAUUUAUUCUUUAAAUGCUUUAUAAUUUUAUAACAGCAUCCAGUUUUAUUUGUGUUUUAGGCAGAUGUUCAACAGCAGUGGCAAAUGCAAAAAUACUUGUCAAGUAACAUUUAAACAACCUCAGGUUUUUUUUGUUAGCUAAACUAUGUCAGGAGAAAUGAAGCGUGUAGAGAAUGGGAGCAAAAAUUCUUGAAUUUUUAGGUUAGACUUUAUCCAGACAAUUUUAAAAGUACAGUAGUUUAUUUUUGUUUUAUUUGCAACAGUAUUUUUGGUUGAGAAGUCAGGAUGUGAACAGUCUGUAUACUGGAAUUUAAUGUAUACUACUGUGUACCUUUUGCUAUAUGGCAUAACUAGAACCUUGAUUUGUAUCAGACUUGGAAGUAAACCUUUGUC